UCGUAUAUAAACACGAUGGAUUCUCAUUUACCGUCAGUACAACAAGAAACCAAAAUGAACAAGUUCUUCGUAGCUACAUUGCUUGCAAUAGUGUUUGCUAUUGCUCUUUUUGAAGUCAAUUCGCUACCACUCGACGAUGAAGUAGGAGAUGAACCUCAUGGACGAGUUACCUGUGACGUCAUCGGUAGUGAAACUCUUUGCGCUAUUCGUUGCAUCGCCAUGGGACACAAAGGGGGCUACUGCGAAAAAGGAGUCUGUCAUUGUCGAGAUUAAUUAAGAUCGUUUUUCUUUGCUCUAUACUGUCAUACAUUAUAUGAAAAUAUGAAUGUAAUUUUGUUAUUUAAUCAACUUUCACACCGGUGUAAAUAAAUAUUCAUUUCGA